AGUAGCCGUAGAAGAAGAAGCCGUCCCUGAGGCUGCUCCUGGCACAGUGCGCAAAUGCGCAUCCAACAGCACGGAGCUCCGCUGGAAAACGAUAAAACAAACAGCAGCAGGCUGGGAAACGACACGUUAGGGCGGAAAAGAAAACAGCACUUGAGGGGGAAGACGGAAACGAAGGCUAAAGUCUGUGACACGGCAGCGACCAUGGUGGGCGAACGCCGCAAUGGGAACCUGCUGGUCCAGCUCGGCCCGAGGCUGCAGGCGUAUCCAGAGGAGCUGAUCCGCCAGCGCCGCAACCACGACGGCCAGACGGAGUACCUGAUCCGCUGGUGUCUCGUCACCAUCGACGAUGGCUCCAGCUCCGGGGGCGGAGCCAGCGAGGCGGGCGGGUCGGGCGGCGGCAGCUCCGGUGUGGGCGGGUCCAGCGGCUCCACGUCAGGAGAGAGCAAAACGGAGAACAUCCUGAUGUGGAUGUCAACGGAGGACGUGUACGCCAACUGCCCCACCCUGCUGGGGAAGAGGAAAACGGACUCGCAGCGCCCCCUGCAGCAGCAGGAGAAGCAGCAGGGCGGCGAGGCAUCCGACGGAGGUCAGAGGAGCGGCGGCGAGUUCCCGUCCGACGUCACCUUCGACGAGGUGGAGCUGUCGGACAUGAAGGAGGACGUCAAGAACCUGGUGCGUCGAGCCAGGAAGCAGAUGACCAAGAAGAGCGACUUCUCCAUCAGCAUCACGCACACCAUCCACGUGCUGAGCGCCUACGCCGGCAUCGGCUCGCUGGUCGGCGUCUUCAAGGAGACGGGCGCCCUCAACCUGCUGAUGGAGCUGCUGUGCAACAAGGAGACGCAGACCAGACGCAGCGCCGGGAAGAUGCUGCGAGCGCUCGCCUCGCACGAUGCAGGAAGUCGGGCCUACGUGUUGCUGUCUCUCAGUCAGCAGGACGGCAUCGAGCAGCACAUGGACUUUGAUAACCGCUACACUCUGCUGGAGCUGUUCGCUGAAACCACGUCGUCAGAGGAGCACGGCAUCUCCUUCGAAGGGAUUCACCUGCCUCAGAUUCCCGGGAAGCUGCUGUUCUCUCUGGUGAAGCGUUACCUGUGCGUCACGUCUCUGAUGGACAAACUCAUCACGGCGGGGGCGGAGUCCAGCUCUGACAGACAGGACGCCAGCCCCUCCCCCGCCUCCUCCUCCUCCUCCAGCGCCGCCCACCAGACGGAGCACCUGCGCGUCCAGCGAGAGUUCGACUUCACCAUGGCCAUGGCCAACCUGAUCUCGGAGCUGGUCCGCGUGAUGGGUUGGGACCGGAACCGCCAGCCUCCCGACGGCCCCGCCCACCACCCAGGAGGAGGCGGGUCCUGUGGGGAGGAGCAGGGGGAGGAGGCGUCCCGCCCCGUCCUCAGGUCCAUCUUCCAGCCUCGUUUCUGCGCCUCCCCCGUCGUCUUUACCGCCACCGCCGCUGUAGCCGCUCCCGCCGCCACGCCACCGAAGAAGAAGACGGGUAACGGAUACAAAACGCGCGCCGACUUCGCCAGCCGCUCGGCCUACGUGGAGUACGUCCAGGACAACCUGAAGAGCGGCAUGAUGGUCCGCAUGCUGGAGGACUACGAGGAGGUGAGCUCCGGAGACGAAGGAGAGUUUCGCUACAGCAACGACGGCUCGCCACCUGUUCAGGUGUACUGGAACUCCCUGUCCAGGACUUACUGGGUCCACUGGCACAUGGUGGAGAUACUGGGCAGCAGCAGCAGCAGCCAGGCUGAGAAGGAGACGCAGGAGAAGGCCUCGACCCUGACUGAGACACUCAAACUCACCACUGUGAGUCAGACGUUCUUCUCGAAGCCGCCCGGCGGUCUCUACUCUCUGCCGUACCUGUCCGAGGGUCUGCAGUCCGAGCCGCUGGCUCUGAGUCGGGCCGAGUGGUGGGAGAUCCUCUUCUUCAUCAAGAAGCUGGAGACGAAGCAGCAGCAGGAGGUCAACAACAUGCUGCUGCAGAGCCUGGACGACCAGGAGGCGGAGUUGGACGACUCGUCUCUGAUUGGUCUGUCCGUCCCCGGAGACGUGGCGAAGAAGCUGCUUCACUACCUGAAGCAGACGCUGCCGUCGUCGUGUCUGAGCGACCUGCUGUGCUCUCACACCUUCUCCAAACACUACCUGAGGAGAGGAGGAGGAAGCCUGGAGGACGAAGAGCUGCUGGCUGAAAGCUCUCUGGGUUCGUCCGGCCUGGGAGGAGGCGUAGGAGCGGGACAGAACUCGUCCUCUUUGUCGUCAGCCUCGUCCUCCUCUUCCUCGGCGAUGGGCUCCGUCUCUAAGAAAGCGAAGAAGGAACUUCCCGUCGACUCGGGCUGCGGCAGCUCGGAGACGGAGAGCGAGCUGCCCACAGAGGACGAGAGCAAAUACCCCGACGACCUGGAGGACAAGAUGAAAGUGUUUAACAACCCGCGGGUCCAGGGGAAGAAGACGGUGUUGGAGAAGUUGGGGGAGGUGGUGGACAUCCUGAAGAAGGGGGGGUCGGGCUCAGACCAGGCCCAGCAGCUGGCCGCCGUCCUCUUCAUCACCAAGCUGCUGGAGGAGAAGGGGGCCCAGGAGAAGAACUCCAUGAGGAGCGACUCCGCCCAGACCAUACGGGACAAGGUGCUGAAGCUGCUGGUGGAGCUGCUGGGCUCGUCCUCUAAAGACCUGCUGAUCAGCGCGCUGAGACUCACCCACCUCCUCAUGCUCAAGUACGAGUGGAGGGUUUCCUUCGCCACCGAGGGGGGGGUCAAGGCCGUCCUGUCCUGCAUGCAGGAGUUCUCCACCGUGACUCAAGUCCAGCAGCUGGCGCUCGCAACUCUGAAGGUGAUCACCGGAGCCAGUAAGCACGACCUCCGCAGCGUCGGCAGCAGCCUCCCCCUCUCGGAGUCCGGCACUCAGAUGAUGUUGGAGAUCUUCGCCAGCAUCGGCUCGGCCACGCCCGAAGGCUCCAGGGGCCUGCUGGGAGCCAUUCCCGCCGCCAUCGACCUCAUGCUCAACACUAAAGGCUGCAUGCUGUCGGUGCGUAACGGCCUGCUGGUCAUCGUCAUGCUCAUCUCCAACCAUAAGAGCCUGGCGGAGCAGCUGGUGGCCUGUGACGUCACCACCGUCCUCAAGAAGUGUCUGACUCUGUCCCGAGCGGAGACCAUGCUGGCCAUCAUCGCCCUCAACCACAUCUCCAUGGUGCACAAGCUGGAGAGCAAAGAGUGUCGGGAGCAGCUGGACUUUAAGGACACGGAGCUGCAGAUGUUGGUUGUGAGUCUGAAGGAGCUGACGGCCACCAAAGAGGUGAUCCAGACUCUGGAGCAGCUGCUGUGUGACGACGCCUCACAGCUGGAGGAGGAACGCAGUCAGGUGAUUCACAGUCGUGACACUUAUCAGGAUCUGGUUCGUCUGAUGGAGCAGCACCGAGCCGACCGGGCCGUCCAGCUCUCCAUCCUCAGGAUCCUGAACAAGUUCCUGGACAACUACCAGGAGGACGUGCUGCCGUGGCACGAGAGCAUCGAGCCCUGCCUGUCCUCCCUGACGGCCUUCAUCAACGACAGAGAGGUGGUCCAGCUGUUUAUCCGCUUCCUGUACCGGCUGGCGUCUCUGAACAAAGACUACGCGGUGGUGAUGUGUCGUCUGGGGACCAAAGACGCUCUGGUGAAAGCUCUGGACAAACACAGCACCAACCUGCUGCUGGUCACCGAGCUCCGAGACCUCAUCACCGACUGUGAGAAGUACGCCAGCCUCUACAAGAAGAUGACCACGAGCGUCCUCGCAGGAUGUAUCCAGAUGGUCUUGGGUCAGAUUGAGGAGCACCGUCGCAGCCAUCAGCCAAUCAACAUCCCCUUCUUUGACGUGUUCCUCAGGAAUCUCUGCCAAGGUUCCAGUGUGGAGCUGAAGGAGGACAAGUGCUGGGAGAAGGUGGAGGUUUCGUCCAAUCACCACCGAGCUAACAAACUGACCGACAAGAACCCCAAAACCUACUGGGAGUCCAACGGCUGCACCGGCUCGCACUACAUCAACAUCUACAUGCACAAAGGAGUCGUCAUCAGACAACUGGCCAUCCUGGUGGCCAGCGAGGACUCGAGCUACAUGCCGGCCCGGAUCCUGGUUCUGGGAGGAGACGAGCCCACCAACAUCAACACCGAGCUCAACACGGUGAACGUCACUCCCUCGGCCAGUCGGGUGGUUCUCCUGGAGAACAUGACCAGGUUCUGGUCCAUCAUCCAGAUCAGGGUCAAGAGAUGUCAGCAGGGAGGUAUCGACACUCGGGUCCACGGUUUCGAGGUUCUGGGUCCGAAGCCGACGUUCUGGCCGGUGUUUAAGGAGCAGCUGUGCUGUCGGACCUACCUGUUCUACAGCACCAAGGCCCACACCUGGUGUCAGGAGGUGAUGGAGGACAAGACGCAGCUGCUGCAGCUCUUCAACAAACUGAACAGCGCUCUGAGACACGAGCAGAUGUUUGCAGAUCGUUUCCUGCCGGACGCCGAGGCGGCUGAAGCUCUGGGCCGAACCUGCUGGGAGGCUCUGAUCACCCCCAUCGUCCACAGCAUCACACUGUCAGAAUCCUCAGCGUCCAGCCCUCUGUCCUGGCUGCUCAGUGAGUACCUGGAUAACGCUGAGUUGGCACGCCGCUGUAAAAGCCGGGCGGCCAUCUUUAACUCCAGAGUGAGGCGCCUCACACACCUCCUGGUCCACGUAGACACGAGCUCCCCGGACAGCGAGGAGCUCAGACCCCCCGUCAAAUCAAAAGGUCUCAACCGAAGCAAAGAGCUGAAGAACGGUAAAGAGGGUAAAAACAAAGACGCCGCUGCGGCCUCUUCCUCCUCCUCAUCCUCUGCAGCCAAGCCCAAAGUGAAGAGCAGCAGCAGCAUCGCAGGCAUCGCCCUCUGUUGGCAGGGAGUGGUACAGCGCCAGGUGAAGAAGUUUCUGGAUUCGAGCUGCAGUCUGCCGGACUUUGUGGAGCGUUACCGGACUCUGUACCUGCGGCUGAAGAACGCCAUGGAGGAGCUGUUCGGACAGCAGACCGCCUUUGUCCUCGCCCUCCGACACGGCUUCUCCGCCGCCCUGCUGCAGCUCUCCAUCCUCAGGGCCAUGCACGUGAGCGAGCGUUUCGCUCAGUACAUCGACCAGAUGAUCCAGACCAGCGGCGCAGCGUGCGGCAGCGUGGAGACUCUGGAGCGGCUGCAGCAGUUUCUGGAGCCGAUGCUCUUCCUGUCGGGUCUGGAGCUCGCCAACACCUUCGAACACUUCUACAGGUACUACCUGGGCGACCGGCUGCUGGCUCAGGGGAACGUGUGGUUGGAGACCGCCGUCAUUGAUCAGAUCGGCAGCUGCUUCCCGAGUCGCUUCCCUCAGCAGAUGCUGAAGAACCUGAGCGAGUCGGCCGAGCUGCAGCAGGAGUUUCACCUGUACCGCCUGCAGCAGCUGGACCGGUGCCUGCAGGAGCACGACCAGAUUAUGGAGGAGGAGUGGGCGGAGUCAGAUGAGGAGGCGGAGGUCCAGGUUCUGAUUCUGUCCCCGCGCUGCUGGGCCGUCUCCUCGCUCUGCUUCCUGGACGAACCCGCAAAACAUUUUCCAGCCGAACUCUGCUCCUACCUGAACCAGUUCACCCAGUUCUACACCCACAGUCAGUACAUGUGUGGUCUGAGUCACUCGAAGCCUCGCCGUCUGCAGUGGACGUGGCUCGGUCACGCUGAGCUGCAGUUUGGCUGCUGGACGCUGCACGUCUCCACGCUGCAGAUGUUCAUCCUGCUGCAGUUCAACAGCCACGAGGAGGUUCAGGUGGACGCUCUGCUGCAGGCGACCGGCCUGUCGGCGGCCGUCCUGCUGCACGCUCUGCUGCCGCUCAUCAGCGAGGGAGGGCCGCUGACCUGCAGCGAGCCGAAGGAGCCCAGCCAGGGUGUGUUGCAGCUGAACCAGCAGGUGGCGGCUCGCAGCCAGGACGGCGUCCCCACGUCCGUUCAGCUGCUGCCCAGACAGACGUACCUGAACGUGGACGAGGACGCCGCCGGCACGCUGGAGAGGAAGAGGAACUACGUCUACUGCCUGAUCGUCCACAUCAUGAAGCAGGAGAAGGAGAUGCACAUCGACAACCUGGUCUUCAAGGUUCUGGACUCGUGUCAGAAACAGGAAGCCUCUCGCUCUCCGGGCGCUGGGCGUUUCAGCUGCAGCACCAGCGACGUGCUCUCCUGCAUCAUGCACGUCAUCAGCAAAGGCUGCAUCCGACGCAACGAGGAGAACCCGCACAUCGUGGAGUUCCUGCCGGAGGACCCGUCCACGCCGCAGAAAGGCCAGGCUCAGUUCUCCUUCAGCCGGACCGAGAUCAGGAAGGAGGCCGCGGACAGCGUGGCCGACAUCAGCCUGGUGUCGGCGCCGCGGCAGUUCGAGGACGGCGUCUUGGAUGCGGUUCUGUUCUCGAUGGGACGGACGAUGACGCAGGAGGAAGUUCGUGAGCUGAUGCAGAGGACUGUCCAGCAGGUGUCAGGGACUCUGAGUCUGGACCUGGACCGGGCCGAGCACUUUCUGGUUCACUGUAAGUGGAACGUGGACCUGCUGGUGCAGCAAUACACCGACGACCCCGACACCCUCAUCAUGGCCGCCGGACUCAAGUGCCGAAACCCUCAGCCGCCGCCGAGCCCCGCCUCCACCUGCCCCGUGUGCCUGGUCCCCCGCACCACCGCCACGGAGCCGGUCCCCUCGCUGAGCUGCAUGCACUACUGCUGCCAGUCCUGCUGGCAGGAGUACCUGACCGCGAGGAUCGAACAGAACCUGGUCAUGAACUGUAACUGUCCAAUCACAGACUGCCAGGCUCAGCCCACCUCCCUGUUCUUCCUCAGCAUCCUCACAGACAAGGACACCAUCGCCAAGUACGAGAGUGCCUUGCUCAGAGGCUACGUGGAGUGCUGCUCCAACCUGACGUGGUGCACCAACCCUCAGGGCUGCGACCAGAUCCUCUGUAAGGAGAACAUGGGCAGCAUGGGGACCUGCUCCAAGUGCUGCUGGUCCUCCUGCUUCAGCUGCAACUUCCCCGAGGCCCACUACCCAGCCAGCUGCAGCCACAUGUCGCAGUGGAUGGAUGAUGGAGGAUAUUAUGAAGGCAUGAGCAUGGAGGCUCAGAGCAAACACCUCGCCAAGCUGAUCUCCAAACGCUGCCCGAGCUGCCAGGCUCAGAUCGAGAAGAACGAAGGCUGUCUGCAUAUGACCUGUGCCAAGUGCAACCACGGUUUCUGCUGGCGCUGCCUGAAACCCUGGAAACCAACGCACAAAGAUUACUACAACUGCUCCGCCAUGGUGAGUAAAGCAGCGCGGCAGGAAAAGAAGUUCCAGGAUUAUAACGAGAGAUGCACCUUCCACCACCAGGCCAAGGAUUUUGCCAUCAACCUGGAGAACAAAGUGUCGUCCAUCAAUGAAGCUCUGCAGAUGAAGUCUUUGACCUUCGUCAUCGACGCCUGUAAAGUUCUCGCUCAGGCUCGUAAGGUGCUGGCCUACUCCUGCGUCUACAGCUACUACAACCAGGAGACGGAGAAGAUGGACGUGAUGGAGCAGCAGACGGAGGCUCUGGACCUGCACACCAACGCCCUGCAGAUCCUGCUGGAGGAGACUCUGCUGCAGUGCACUGACCUGGCCUCAUGUGUCCGGCUGCUGAAACCAGAACAUCUCAACACCGGACUGGAACUGAUCCGACGCAUCCAGGAGCGCCUGCUGGCCAUCCUGCAGCACUCAGCCCAGGACUUCAGGGUCGGUUAUCAGUCCAAGAGCGGCCAGGAACCAGAAUCUACUCAGGCCUCCAACCUGUCCAACCACACCGACGCCAACAAAGUGUCGAAGUCGGAAAGAGUGUCGGACUCUGGAGACUCGGAUAACAACAACAACGCGGGCGAGGAGGGCGGCGAGGAGGCGGAGGAAGAGGACGACGAGUACGAUGAAGAGUACGUCCCCGAGUGGCACGAGGACUACGACGAGGACGACAUCGACGAGGACGACUUCUUCUCCGACGACGACGAGUCCGAGAACCUGGAGAGGGACUUCAGCCCCUUCGACUGAACCCGGCGGGACAAACGGAAACCUCCCCGAGUCGAGGGACAGCGAGAGAGAGGGCGAGUCGGGCCCCGCCACGGCCCCGCCCCCUCCUCACGACCAUCCGACGCCACCUGAGAGCAUCAGGAAGGAGGGGAGACGAACAGAGGGACGUCCUCCUUCACCUGAACCCCCCCCCCCACCCCAAACACAGCUGCACUCGCUUUUCCACUUCCUGUAUUUUAACUUCUGUGUUUUCAUAAAAUUAAAGUACGGAAGAAGACGAGGGUCACGUGAAGAAAAAAAUAGUUCUGAGUUUAAUAUUUAAAUUCUUCAAAGAUGAAAUUCUUCGUUUAGUCUUUAAAUGAUAAAUUCUAAGUCAGUUUUGAUAGAAGGUCAUGAUUUGACUAUUUUCUGUUAAAAAGGUGAAAACUGGUCUGAAACCAGUUCAAACCCAGUCUAAUAACUUUAAACAAAGUUUGAAACAAGUCAGAAACCACUGUACACCCAGUCCGAAACCUGCCUGAAAUUAGACCAGUUUACCCGGGUGAAACCAGUUCAAGCAGUCAGAAACCAGACUGAAACAAUCGGUCUGAAACCGGUUUAAAACAGUUACAUUAGAGUUUGAUUUAAGACCAGUCUGAAACCAGUCUGAAACCAGUUUGAAACAAGGUUUUUGAGUUCAGACUUGAUUUUCUUUCUCCGGCUGAUUUUACGAUUCAGACUUUAAUCUCAGAACAGUUUUUUUGUUGCGGCCUGAUGUCUCUUCCGUACCGAACCACCUGGGCUCAGCCCCGGUUCUGGAUCUCGGUGGUUUUGGUGUCACUUCUGUCCGACGGCGAUGAAGGAUCUUUUCCAGAGGAAGUGUGUUAGUUUGUGAUCUUUCACAGAACAAAAUGUUUGUGUUUGUUUCCUGCUGCUGCUGCUGUGGAUUUUUCCCGAGACGAGUAAAGACCAGAGAAAAAGGGAUUAGUAAUCCGGAGACUUAGUCCACAUCUCACUCAUCUUUUUGUACCUGUUGUAAACUUAGUUAGCCCUUUAAAAGUAUCUUUGUUUCUUUCAUCACACGUUCUGCCUUCGUUUAUUUUGACGAUGGAGGUUGCCUUCAUUUGAGAGUAAAGAAACGUAGAGAUGAUUAAAACCUCUGUAACUGUUUUCAGAUUAGAUUUACUCACAGAAGUUUUUUUACAUGUCUGUCGAGUCGGACGUUUCCGUGCAUCUGAAGAGAGAUUCUGGCGGGUUAAACCCCGAGCAAACAUCAGCCUCUGAAGUAUCACUGCAAUAACCGAUCGAUCGUUUAUCGGCUCGCCGUUGCAUCAUUAGCCGAGCGAAGACUCGCCUGCUCUGUUUUCUGUCUUUUAAAAAGGACGUUAGGAUGAGAUUUGGGGUUUGUUGUCGAGAAGCCGGCGCUCUGCAGGAGUCGAGGGAUAUCUGAUAUUCCUGCUCCCUGUUUUGCUGUAAUUUUGAGAGAUCCUAUAUUCAUAUUGUUGAUGUUCUACGAUGUUCUUUCUGGUUUCUUUGCUGGAGUCGAGCGACUUCAGCCAGCAAACUAAAUAAAAGCUUUUUCUGCUACGCUG